UAAGAAUCAGUUCCCCAAAGUCCAUCAUCAAUGAAAAUUCAUUUUCUUCUUCUUCAUAAGUUUUGCUCCAACAACGCAGUGUGUGAAAAAUCGAUUUUAUUUUUGGAAAAUUUGAUGAAAAGAGGAAAACUUGAAAAUAUGUAUUUUUAUGGUUAAAAACUGUGAAUUUGUUUAAAAAAAUAAAUAAUUUUUGUUGGAAGAUAAAAUUUUCGAAUGAAAAUGUUGUUGAAAUUGGUAUUUUCCUGGAUUUUCUUUGCUGGAGCUGCUCUGGCCAUUGAGCAAGCAUCAGUGGGGGAGCUCUUCACCUUUAAAAUAGAACCCCACAUGUUCAAUUGGACACAUCAAGGUCUCACUGAUCAAUAUCGUUAUAGGCCAUCAAUCGAGGGCUAUCCAGACCUGCCCAUUUGGCUGCGGUAUAUGUACAGCAAUGAAUACCACUCUGGAUUCCUCUAUGGAACGCCCCCUGACCGUUUGGCUGGGAAGAAAAUAAGUCUCGAUAUUGUUGCCCUAAAUCGGCAGAACUAUGAAACUCGAAAGAAUGUUCUCUCAAUCUACAUCAACCACAAAUUCCCAUCGCCAAAUGUUAUUCAAAUGAAAAUUGAUAAUCUGAAUUGGGUACAUCUCAUGGACCCGGGAAGGGUGGAAAAUUUAAGGAAUAUAUUCCGUAAGGACUUGUGGCCAGAGAGUGAGAAUGAUUUGAGUUUGGUGUUUAUGGAAUCGGCUGUGAACAUGGGAGGCAGGUUGCCAUUGAAGCCUCAACAGAGAGAAGGAGUCAUUGUUCAUUUGGGAAGCUUUGCCCAAUUCUCUGCACGACUUAAGGAACUCCAGGAGGAAGUUCGUCCACUCUACAAGCUUCCCUCUUGCACCUAUAAAAGAACAUCGGUUCAAAAGAUUUUCGAAAACGCUGGAUUUAAGCUGGAUUGGUGUGCUUUUAAAAUGAUUGGAGUUGAGAUUUCACCGGAAAUCCUCUUCCACAAUCAUGGAAUGAAAGGAUAUCAUGGAUCUGAGUUGAGUACUCUGAAACGAACAGAUCGUUGGCACGGUAUUGCCAGAGAAGAUGCACCUCAGCGAAAUUACAUCGACGAGUUCGCAUUCGCUUUUGCCAUCCCUGGAAUGAUUUUUGCUGUGCUUUUAGGUAUUUUAUCGGCGGUACUGUGUUUUCAACAUGAAAAAUUAUAUGAUCCUCAGUCAGAAUAUUUCUUUGCGAAUAUUUUUCAUAUUUGCGAGGAUAACAAAAAAGCCAGGGAUAAGGAAAAUCAUUCUGUGUCAACAGUUCAAAUGGUACAAUGUUCUGAAACAAAUAAUCAACCUACGACAACUUUACGUAGCCUUAAGGAUCCGAAUUUACUCUUGGAUAAUGUCAGUUUACAUUCACAAAGCCCAAAUAACAGUAUUUAUGCCAAUGAAAGCCCACCGAAUACUUAUUUGAGACCUAAACCACCACCAUAUAAAUCACCUAGUGUUGGAAAGAACGGAGUGGAUAUAUGACAAUCAUCUCCAAGGAUUUUGUACUGCUAAAAAAAAGCUGUUGGCAGAUGGACAAAUAAAUAUAUCAAUGUAUGACUUAAGACAUAUUGAAAGUAGUGAAAGCACAUAAUAUCACAUAGAUUGUAUUACCAUAUCUACGAUAGUUUUGCAUACAAGACUAUUUAAAGGAAAUUUACCAUAUUUUGAGAUUUUAAUAAGUUAAUGAAUUAAGAAUACAACAAAGUUUUUUAGUUUUAACAUCUUUUUUAGGUAGAUUCAAAAAUUACGUUUAAAGUUAAAGUAGCUAUACAAA